GCACGGCGGAGGCACGGCGGAGGCAGGGACGCGGCCGCGGCGAGGAAGCCGCAAGGGGAGCGGAACAAAGCGCGAAGGCACGGCGGGGGCAGAUGACAGCCUGCGUCGCGGGCUCCCCUCCCUCCUGCGGCGCCCCGGCGGGGGCAUCCCGCGCUCGUACCUGACCAUGACCCCGCGCCGCUCCCGGCUGGGCCACCCCGGCGUUUCCCGCUGAAGGGACCUGCUCCUUUCCGACCUCCCUCCCUCCCUCCCUCCUCCGCCUCCUCGCUUCUGAGGCUGCCGCCUCUCCCCGGAGCUCUGCCGGAGGGAUGGGGUGCAUCGGAUCCCGCACUGUGGGAAAUGAGGUAAUUGCAGUAGACUGGAAAGGACUGAAGGAUGUGGACCAAAUCAAUAUGGACAGCACCAGUUCACUGCAUGGCAGCAACUUCCAUCGACCUUCCACUGAGCAAACACGGACAGAUUUCUCAUGGGAUGGUAUCAAUCUUUCCAUGGAAGAUACGACCUCCAUCCUCCCCAAGCUGAAACGCAACUCCAAUGCUUAUGGGAUUGGAGCUCUGGCUAAAUCAUCUUUCUCUGGCUCCAUCCUUCAUGCCCAGCUGUGUCCUAAAUGGAUUCUAGGCAAGAAAGGAAAGAGUGUUUCACAUCUCGAGUUUCCCUUUUUCCCCCUUCUGAGACCCAGCCCAAGGAAAGACACAGAAACUCUCCUAGAGAGUGAUACAGUGAAAGGGAUAUCUCGCAGCAUGAAGGACCAUGUCACAAAGCCAACGGCUAUGGGCCAAGGCCGUGUGGCUCACAUGAUUGAAUGGCAAGGCUGGGGCAAAGGAAACAGCCAGCAGCAGCAGCACACGCAUGAGACAGCACGCAAAGACGCUGAUGCCUACUCAGACCUGAGUGAUGGUGAAAAGGAGGCCCGGUUCCUUGCAGGAGUGAUGGAACAAUUUGCUAUUUCUGAGGCAACUCUCAUGGCCUGGUCCUCCAUGGAUGGUGAGGAUGUGAGUGUAAACUCAAAUCAGGAGAACCCAGCAGGCAACUACUCUGAGAACUAUCAGGAGCUAAUGGAGAGCCAAGAGCAUAUGGCCCAGACUCAGUAUGAUAGCUGGCCUCAUUCCUACGUCUCGCAGGGCAUGUAUUGCUUAGGUUCAUCUGAAGCCUGGGAGACCAGUGACCAGUCCCUCAUCGCUUCCCCAGCAACUGGCUCCUACUUAGGCCAGAAUUUUGAUGAAUCCCAGACAAACCUUCAGGAGAGCAUUUUGAUCCAGAGCAGCCUUCUGCAUCAGCAACAGCUGCAGCAACAGCGGCAGGAGCAGAACUUCAUCCAGAGCACAGGGCUGGUCCACGUUUGGCCCCUGCAGACUGCUCAGGGUGGGGUUGGGGCUGAGUCUAGCACAUACACAGAGGACCACAUUGAGGAUGAAGGGAACCCACGGCUGGAGAAGGCUCCUCUCCUAAACAAGAAGCCCUCUCCAGAGGAGGAUGAUGCAGUGUGCCGGGACCUGGAAUCACUGUCUCCUCGAGAGGAGAUGGAACAUGCUGCACUGAGCCGCAAAGUCUCAGAUGUCACCUCCUCUGGGGUGCAGUCCUUUGAUGAGGAAGAGGGAGAAACAAACAACUGAUGCUUUCUCUGAAGUUGUCAUCACUGCUGAACAAAGAGAGGGGUGGCAAGGAAUGAAAUUACAGGGAUUCUUCUCUCCAGCUCCCCAUACUUCCAAGCAGGCACACCUUCCAUUCCUGACAUAUAAUUAUUUUUUUAAACAAGAGGAAAACUCAAAGUGCUUGACGCAUGAAGACCUCUUCUUCCUCUCCACUAUGGACUCGUAUUUUUGAUUUAUAUUGCUCUGGGCAACAUAUGUGAGGUGCUUGGAGAGAUCUGGAUUGGUAAAUCAUUUCUGAAUCUUUUUAAUACAAAGUCUUGGCUGUGGAUACAAACUUUUCUGGUACUGGAGAUAUGGCAGAUGAGACAGGCUUGGUAUAGGGAGCAGCUAUGUGGCUAGAAUCCACCUUAGCAGAAUGGAUGUUGCUCUGUGGACGUGGUCCCCUUUCGUAGAGUAUAUGAAUAUAAACUGGUUUAAAAUGAAGAUGUGGCUUUACAAAUAUAGAUUGCACUAAUAUUGUGAUUGUGGCUGAUACAGAGGAUAAGGCUGUAUUUAAUACAGGCUGUACCGAGAUGAAAGGUUCGCUGUGUAACCAGAUCCUCAGUAGCACCUUGAUAUGACAUUGUAGGCUCAGUGGAUACAAACUGCACUCCACAGGCAUGGGCAGUGCUGCAGUAGAGAUGGUGUGUCUCUGUGGGCAUGGCUCUGCUGUGACAUGGAAGAAUGGAUGCAGAUACGAAUCUAGCCCUGCUCUUGGAUAUUCAUGCUUCGAUCUCUUUCUAAUCUUUCACUUACUUGUCUCUUUGACAUUUCUACCUUUGCAGGAUCUGGUAAGAGUGGUGUGUCCUUUUGGCACUGGGCACUGGAUGCCAGUGGAAAAGACAUUUUCAGCUACGGAGACAGUCAUAAAAAGCUGGCUUUUGCAAGGGUCUUGAGAACACAUCCAUCUUGGUGCUGCUGCUGUAUCCUUCUGUCUUUUCCCUUGCCAGCAGUAUGGGGAGACCCAGAGAGUAGGCAGCACAUCCAGGAGCAGUGUGUACAGCUAUGAGAUCACAGCUACCGAGUUUACAUUGGAGUUUUCAGUUCUUGCUUUUUUUAACAGUUUUGUAUUGCUGGGUAAGUGUUCCUAACAAAGCAGUUAAUAGUGAGAAAGGCCUGUACUCCAGUCAUCACUUAACAGAAAUACUGCACCUUUCCCAUUUCUGCCACUCCUUCUCCAGUGCCAAAUGUAACUGGAGAAAAAGGGGUGAGAGGAAGUUUCCCCCUCCCAUUUAUUUCUUCUUCCUGCCUAUAUUUUCUUUUGUUUUCCUACCCCCAAGCAAUGUAAAUCAUUCUCAGUGCUUGGUCUGUAUGUUUUUCCCUCCCAUCUCUCUUUAGGAGUGGAGAAAGCUUAUUUCAGGAGUUUUCCACAUUUGUACAGGUUCUGUAUUUUUUUUUGUUAAAAAAAUAUGGUUCACUGACUAGGGGAAAUUUGGUCUCUUGCAGUUCCUCACCAUGUUUCUACAGACCUCCUUUUGAGGGGGAGGGGUUUUGAAAGGAACAAACUGUCUCAUUUUGGGCUCUUACCAGAAAACAAACAGGGGCAAAAGCAAAAGCAAACAUUGUACAAGGCUGUCGAUUUUGCUGGAGGACUGAAUAGAACCAUUAGAGAUUACACGAGUGCUGUGUUUUAAUUGCAAUACCUCUUGCAAGGAAGCACCAGCAAAGCAUGUAUUUAAAUCAGAUGACAGAUCUGAUGAGCUAGAGAAAGGAAUUUGCCUGGGCACUGCCAUACUAUCCCAGGGGCAACUCUUUCUCACUUACUCUGACUCAUACCCACUCUGUUUAAAUCAUGAUACAAUUUUCUCCUCUUUGCCUUCUCUUCAGGCUUGGUGUAUUUUUUUGGAUGACAGGAGAGUGAUACGUGCUCCUUUCCUGAUUCAGGUUUAGUACUCGCAUAUUUGCAGGGAAGAAUGUCUGAAGAGUAUAAAAUGUGACUGAAGUAGUAUCACCAAGUGUCAGAGUUCACACAGCUCCUGGCAAGCAAAGCAGAUGAUGUCCAGGAAUAAUGAAAAGUAAAAAUGGGACUCUCAGGUAGAACUUUACCCCACUCAGCUUUCUCCCGCUUAUACAGGCAGCUGCAUGAAGAAGGUCUCCUAUAUGAAUGCCCAACUCUUUCCAGCCAAGUCCAUUUUCAAGUGGAUCUGUCUUCCCUCUCCACUGCACCUCUAAAGGAAAGACCUUUGGGAUAUUUAAGACUGGUAAUUUGGUGUAGGUAAGAGGUGAUACAAGUUUUUGUGACCAUCUUUGCUCGAGCUUGCUUACAGCUCUCUAAAGAGGUAGCUCUUUUCCUGAAUGAUGACCUUUCUGUAUCUGUUUAAAGAUGUUUACACAUUCAGGUGCUAACCUCCCCUGGGCAAGAGGGCUUGAUAAAGAUGAUCUCCUACAGUUCUUGGAGGGCCAGUGCUAGCUUAUUGUCCUGAACUGGUUUGAGUCUAACCACGGAGCAGGGCCUAGGAAAUCACACUAGCCAGAACAGGGAAAUGGAGCAAGUCCCAAGAGCAUCUCAGAAGAUGACAAAUGAGUAAAUGUUAAUCUUUUAUUAUUGCUUUUUUAAAAAGCCUUCAGGGAAACAAAAAUGGUUAGGUAUGUUCCUUUGUGGGAGAAGAUUUGUGUGGCUUGUUUUUUUUCUCCAAACCAUUUUGUUCCCACGUGCCUCUCCGGAACCAGUCUGGAUGUUUACAGUAACUUUCAGAGUAGCUUCUAAUGAUCUUUGUGUGUUGUUUACAGGAUUGGUACAACUUGUCCAGGGCUUCUUUUUCCUUUAAUGUGGACAUGUGGUACAUUUACUAAGAUGUCUGAUUGAUGUCUAAAAGAUGUACACUAUCUCCAUGCAAGGCAGUGACAGGAAAUUAUCUACAUGGGAAAAGGUGUGAAAAAAAUUGACCUCGUAGAAAAUUCUGUGGGGUUCAAUAGGAAUAGAAAAUGUGUAGAGUUUACUAACCUCUCUGGAAUGGGAUAGAGAAUUAUACCAUGCUGUAUAGUUCCAUAAUUUGAUCUCUAGAAACUUGUAGAUAGACUCUCAUUCUCUGUGAAUUCAGACUGGUUUGAACACUACUCUCUAUAAAAACUUUCAAGCUUACUAAAUUCUAUAUUUUUUUUAUAAAGGUUUUGAGUUUCUGUGAAUAAUGAAAUUUCAGCCUUUUUCUGAAAAAAAAAGAAAAAGGCUAUUUUCCGUGACCUCUCCACAAACCAAAAGAGAAAUGUAUUUACAUUUGCCAGGAGCUUGACUGGAGGGAGCAGGUCUGCCCACCCACACUUGCUACCUGAAUGAGCAUCUUGAGCUGAACUGAAAAGGCAGUUUGAAUCUUUUGGAAAAUGGUUUGUAUAAUCUGGCCUUUUCUUAUGUAACAGGCUGCUGCUUGUGUGUAUUGAAUAUCAGAGAGAGGGGCCUGGAACCUCCUGUACAUUUCCCAUAAAAGCUGUUAUUAUAUAGCUACACCUAUUCAAGCAUAUGGGAGGCACAGGUGCUCUGUGAGAAAAAUUUGGCGUGCAGUUUCUUUAUCCUGGUGAGAAGGGAUGAGUUGCAAAGAGUCCAGCCAAAUAGAGCCCAAAUUGAAUAUGUGAGGCUGAAAAUAAGAAGGAAAGGUAAGAUCAGUAUCCCUGAGCUACAGUUAUUAAGAAACUGAGCCCUGCUGUUCAUUUACAGAAACCCUUUGUAAAUCAGAGCUGAAGUACAUAAAAAUUUUGGAUUUUCUGGAAGCAAUAGAGGUAGAAGAUUCCCAUCUUUCUGCCUAAGACUUUGCCUUCAGUGGGAACUUGUUGAAAUUAUUGUACUGAACAUGAAUGAAGGCUUAAACACAAGUGACCCUAAUUGAAAAAGAUCUCAGAUUCCACUGCAAGAAAAUUCUCUCUUGUUCCUUCUCCCAUGACUGCUCAUAUCUGAUCAGUUACAUACAACUUAUUUCAUAAGUCUUUUAUAGAAAUCUUAAGCUUUAAAAGCCUUGUGAGUUCUCUUCAACUCCACUAUCUCAGGCUCUGGGAUGGAGAAAUCAAUCUGCUUCUAUCAGCUUCUGUGCCUCUAAGUCAUCAUCUUCCUCUGGGAAGCUGCUGACAAGUCACCCACUUGCUUUUCCCCCUUAAAAACUUUAACAUCACCUUUCAUGGUAAGUUUGAUGCAGAGAACAUAGUUUAACUGUACACCUAAGCUGAUGGCAGGGUGAGCUGCUGUGAAGGAGGAAACCGUCUCCCCUGACUGUGCUCACCUCCCACAGUCCUCAUGCAGAUGCUGAGGCACAGCUGACCCCGCAGCAAGCCACUGCACUUUAUCCACUGUACCCUACUAUGAAAGUGAAGAGGGAACAGCUGUGACCUUAGGGAGAGAGAGCACUAUUCUCAGCAGCUGUCCUUUAUAUCAGGUUAGGGAAACUGCGAAAGUGCACUUUGAAAUGGCAACUUCGUGAUGAGUCUAAGCUGCUAAAAGGAGCUGUCAUGUCUCUUGCCUUCCGUCACCACCAGUUGUAUACUUAUGCUGCCUAAGAAGUACCAGUGCUAACACUCAUUUGGGUACUUGGGAUUUGGUCCCAUUAAAAACUAACCCAGUCCCCUAUCAAAUAAGGGUUUCAGUGGGAUCAGCUCCUUGUAUUGUUUCACUUGGUGAGGCAAGCAUAACUGAGGGUUGGUGAAAUAUGCAGAUGGUCACGUUGAAGAAUAUUUCUUUAGUUGCAGAUGCAACUUAAAUUGGCUUAAGCUCAUUGUGAAAUACCUGUCUGAGAAGAAUAAACCCAGCUGGGGUACCACUGGGGCUAUAUUCCUUGCUUCCUUCCAUAGUGUUUUCCUUAGAAUUUCGAGUAUGCUCUUAUCUCAUUUGGUCUCUUGUUAUUUAAUGCCUUGUUAUUUUCCUCACUAUUCCCUCCCAUUCCACAUGUUCCUUUGAGAGAAACCCUUGCAGUCAGGCAGGAGGAGAUGAGUAACUUGGUAUAGACAUGGAAUUAAUAAAAUUAACAUGCACAAAUCUUGUAUGCACUCAGUGAUUACACUCCAUGGCAGCUAAACAUACUGAUAAGCCUUCUCCUGUAAUUGCAAGAGGCAGAGCCUCGUACAGGGGUGGAGUACAGCUGUUAGAGGUGAGGUUUGUCCCUACCUGUAAGCCAGUUCCACUCUAGUGUGAGAUCCAGAAUGGCACUUCACACUUAGGCAGAGUCUGUGCAUGAUGAACUGUGUACAACAGCAACUAAAAAUACUAGUUGUAGGCCCAGAGAAGAGAACUGGAGAGAAGGAAACUGUUCCCUUCACUGGACAGAGGUAUGAGGUACGGUGGUGAGGGAAGGUAGUGUGCAAUGGUUCAGGCUUGUGAACAACUGUGCAUGCUCUGUGCAAUAGGAAGGAGAAGUCUAGCCAGAGAGAACAAGGCUUGGGAAAAAGAUUAAGAAAAGCUUGACAUCUUAAUGUUUACACAGCACAGGUAGGAAGCUUCAUGGCAGACUCCGGGCAGAAGGGGCUCAGGUGUAGGAUUGCUACACAAGCUGUAGCUCCAGGAUUGAUGCAGUUUAUGGUACUCCUUAGUCCAAGCCACACUUCUUUCUGUAAGGCUGAGUGAUAGGAAAGAGACCUCCUUGAAUUUGGGCACCUGCUGGCUUCUUUUUUAUCAUCUUUGAAAAACAGUUCAAAAUACGCUUCAGGAGAAUCAUAUAAGAAAUACACCAAAUAAGGACUUAGUCACUGUCCAAACAAAGUUACUGUGGAACACACAGUUCUCAUUGGAAACCCAAAAUAUCUAAAUUUAGUUCAGUUUGCCUUAACUGUUGUAUUGGUAAUUGCCUAGAAGGAGAAGAAACUAAAUUAAAUCAACCUCUAAACAUUGUAGAGAGCAGAGCAACAUUGGCAUAGUCUAAGCUUUUCCUUCUAAUUUCUCCCAGAUGGAAUUUCCCAUGUUCCUUGUUCAGACAACGUUAAACAAUCUGGCAUUCCCAGAUUCCCAUUCCCUUAAACUGUUUGAUUUUUUCCAAAAGACAAAGAAAGGAAAGGAAAAAAAAAAUCCAUCCCAAUACAGAGAUUUUCAGUAGCUGGUGCCCUUAAAUCUAGAAAAAUAUAAAUAAGUAACAGUUUCAUCAUUCUCCUCCGCUGUAGCAAUCUGAAAGGGAGACAGAUUCUGUGCCACAGCUCAGGGAAAAUAACAAUAAACAGGGAAAAUAUGAGUAAAGUAGUGCCUAUUAGAACUAAAUGUAUGUGUAGGACAGCCUACAGUCUCAUUAAAACACAGUCUCAAAUACGAAUGCAAGCUGUAAAGUUGACAUCAAGGUGCCUCUUUUGUAUCAUAGGCUUUUCCCAGGCUAAGGAAUAGUGAAUCUGCACAGGAGCAAAAGAGAACAGCUGGACAUCUGUGCCAGAUCAAUGUCUUUCUUUGUCUCGGAAGAUGUCAUGAAGCCUGGGCAAGACUGUUGGGGACACUAUGCUCUCUCAGUAGCACAGCCACCUUCAUGAAUUGACUGGGGUAGGGAUGAAGACAAGCGUUUAUUAUGUUAGCAAAUGGACGUGGAAGACCUGCACUUAGAACAUUAGGGACUAUUUACAUCCUUGUGCUGAUAUUUUUCCCCAGCAUGGGCAGAACAAAGUGUUAUAUUUUCCUUGGAAAUCGAGAGAAGCUCUAUGAUUGCCAGUGUUGGUUGGUGCAAAAGAAAAUACAUGUGAUACACUUUUUCAGAUCAGAUACAUGUUGUUGGAAAAGGAAAAAUUUAGUCAGGUUGUGCAUCUCUGAGAAAGCGUAUGUUUACUAAAACUGUAAAGACUUGUUCAAGAAUGUCCUCGGUGUAAAUAUCACAGAAUCACAGAAUGGUUUGGGUUGGAAGGGACCUUAAAGAUCAUCUGGUGCCAAGCCCCCUGCCAUGGGCAGGACUUACCUACAGAUGAAUGGUGGCUCCUGUCUUCUAGGAAGAGGGACUGCAGUGUUCUGUGGAAAGAAGUGCUACUGAGGAUCUUCCUCAUCUUCCUUUGACUGGGAACAUUUUAAAUGCCCUCUGAAACCUAGUCUUGUUUUCGCUUUCCCAUAAGGGAUCAAAUGUCCAUGCUAGCAAGACAAAAAAAAAACAUCUAAAAAGGCUCUUUUCCAUUAUGGAGACAUGACCAUGCACCAGGAUUUACUUCUAAUAAGCUAAAGGCAUCUAGUCCAGAUUCACUGGCCUUCUGGAUUCAUUUUUGUUGUGCAUGAAAUCCAGCUCUUCCAGGGUUCUGCCAAGUUCCCAUGAGGCAAGUACAGGUGGGCUUCCCAUUUUUUCAGAUACUGCAUGUGUGAGCAAUCUAGCAAGCCAAAAGCUCUUUUGCAGGUAUAUUUUCUUGUUUGACUUCAAUUUUUCUUCUCUGAUUUGUGGCUGUUGUGCAUGAUUGCAGGUCUCUGGGAAUCCCUGCACUAUAAAAUUUGGACACAAAAGCGAUUUUACAGGGAACAGGAUUUCUCUUGUUUCAGCUCUUUUCAGAUAUGGGAUACAGACUGAGGACUUGGGAGGUACAAGGAUGGAGGAUGGGAAUCUCAGGGGUGGCAUGUAGAAUGGAUUCCUGAAGCAUGCUUAAAAGUAACUAAAGGCUUGGGUCUUCAAAUGUUGUAUUCUCAGUAUCUGAAACUGCUUUAACAUAAACUUAUGGAACAAUGGAGGUUGCCGCAAAGCAAUUCAAAGAGCUUCCUCCAAGCCUGUACACAUUUUCUGUAGGGGGGAGGCUGCAUGGUGAUUAUAUAUAUUCUUUCAAGCUAGUGCAUUGAUGUUUGGGGGGAGAGUACUGAAUGGAAGUAAAACAAAAAGAGAAAGGGACCCACUAUUGAAAGCUUUCAUCCUUACCUUGUCCCACGCUAGCCCUUAAUAACUAAAAUGAGUCUGAUUUGCCUUUGGUCUUCCAGCUCCAAAACAUGUUUGCCUGAAACUUUUUGUUGGAUAUACUUCGCAUGUUUUGAUAAUGUGACUUAGAACACUUCUACAAAGAUAUAUAAAUGCAUACAUAUACAACCACGUACAUACAUGUACACGCACUACAUAUAGACUUAGGAAACUAUAUGGCACUAUACACCUCCAUGCCUGUAUGUGGCAGCAACCACAGUAAAGGAGGGGAGGUAGCUCAAAAUAGCAUGUACAGUCCUUUAUGGAGUUGUUAUUAAACAGAAUGUGAUCUUGC